UAAGAUUUUACGAUGUUUCACAUUUUGCCUUUCGUAGCCGCUAGUGAAUUUGCUCUGCCAAAUUUACCGGUAGAGAUUUGGGUCAUCAUCCUGAGGUGUUUGGACCCACGGUCACUUGUGACUGCUACCAGAUCCGUCGACCGGUGGGAACGCAUCACCCGGGGCGACCCAGUUUUAAGCAAGACCCUCAAGAAGCAACUGCUGUUGGAAAAACGAACACGCCGGGAGGAGAUGCUGAUUCGGGGACUUGUGAUUUUCAUAAAUAGGACAGCGUUCGGAGGAGCCAAUAAGAUUCUUCGUCCCCAGAACAAACACCACAAUACCCGCAGGAGAAAAUAAAACGUCGUCAACAUAAUAAUGAUGUCAUUAUGAGAUGUUAAUAAAACCUAUUUUAUUAUA